UCCACGCCCUUGCAUGUCACUCAUGCCUGACCACCUCUGUCAGGAGUGGUGGCAUCUGCUGGAAGUCAGGCUGUGCUUUGGCUUGUAUUUGAUUGACCUCGACGCUCAAGUUGCCUACGAUUCUUCCGUUGAUGCUCUUGGUGGUAGCUUGUUAGGCGGUAGAUUCGACUGCUCUGACGAUUAUGGUGGUAGGUUUGGCUGCCCCUGUCGAUUUUAGCGGGUUAGCGAGAUCGGGUAUUGAUUAGUUGCUGGUGAAGACUCGAAGAAACGGGCCGAAUUUCCCAGGUGCUUUUUUUGAAUUUUGGUCUUUUGGGGAUUGGGGUCAUCGUGUGAGCGUGGGAGAAUGUUGGAGGAGGAGCUGGGGUGGGACAUUGUCGAAGAAGAACAACGGAUGCAAGAACUAGUAUUCGAUUGCGCUGAAGAGGUAGAGUACAUUGAAUGUUGCGAUCAGCGCAAGUUGGGAAUAGACCGUUGGUUGUGAUGGGUUCGCGUGAUGCGAGGAUUAACGUUUAUCGCUUAAUUUUGGGUCAUCUCUUGCGGGAAAUGUGAGGAUCCUGCCACACGCAAGUCUGCAGAAAACUGACGUCCUGCGGACACGGCAGGCUUCCGGUUGGUUUAGGCUUGCGAUCUCUCUUCGACAGGUCGUGCGAUUGGUAAACCGGAAAUCGUUCCUCAAGAAUUGGCAGUCGUUUUUGUAUUACGUCUGGGGUUCCGGCCAUCGUCAUUUCCUGGUUGCUGUUCGAUAUUGAUCUUCAGUCCUUUCUUUGAUCAGGGAGGGUCCUCGGCGUACCGAUUAUGUGGCUUACGCUUCGAGCAAUCGUCAAUGUCGGUAUUUGUGCGAUGUAAUACCGUUCCGGUGCAGACUGCGGGUGUGUUUAGGUUCAAAGUUUCUUUCGUGGUUUAAUCUUGAGAGUAGCAGGGUGCAUUUUACCAGAUCGCUACGGAAGACCAACGAUUCUAAAAUUGGAGUCUUCGUUCAGUGAGAGUUCUUCAUUGUCACAAUGCGUUUCAAGGCAUUAGAGCUACUGCAGAGUUAGACAACACAAUGUCUGACAUGUGUUCACUCUUGGAGGAUUAGAGUGGAUAGCAGCGCUCGCUCUUUCCAUAGAUAUAAGGUUGUGGGACCAUGGAGAGGAUAUGAACCCAAACAUUAGGCGCACAUUCUUAAGAACGACCAUUAGGCCUCAUGGGUAGCCGGAAAGAAGAUGAGAGGAAUGAAGCUACCAUUCGACGUUUACUCAAGCUUCCAGAGAAUAAACGAUGUAUCAACUGCAACAGCGUGGGGCCGCAAUAUGUUUGCACAACCUUUUGUACCUUCGUCUGCACGCAAUGUAGUGGCAUUCAUCGAGAAUUCUCACAUCGCAUUAAGUCAAUUUCAAUGGCAAAGUUUGCCGCAGCUGAAGUUUCUGCUCUGCAAGCGGGUGGCAAUGAGCGGGCUAGGCAAUUUUUUUUCAAAAGUAUGGCACAGAACACUCUUCCUGAUAGUGGAAGUCCAGAUCAGUUGCGGAAAUUCAUUGAGCGAGUAUACGAGAAGCGUCUUUAUGCAGGGGAUAGGCCUCCCAGUCCUCAGCAGGAAGAAACUGCCGUAGACUCGCCCCGGCUUCAUUCCAACAUGGAAGGUCCACCCAAUUUACGAAGACUCUCCGUGGAGGACCACCUGGGUAAACAUUCAUUUAAUAAACGCAAUUCAGAUUUUGGUAAAUUGGGAAGUCCCAGAAGCAUCGGUAGUCCCAAAAGUUUGGGCAGUCCUCGUGCCGUUCCACGACCAACUCGUCUCAGCUAUGACGAUCGUGAUGAAAGGCUUGAAAUGCAGUCACAAAAAAGCUGCGGUCGAGAGAGUCGAACCUUGUCGCGACCAGUCAGUUUCAGAGACUUUGACUCAACACCUCCGCCUCCUCAGUCAAUCACCGACAUUCUUGGAGAUGUACCGGGACUUCGCGUGGAAGUUUUCAAAAAUUCGAAUGAUGUCGCUACUGAUUCGCCUCGUGUAUCCCAGGGAUCCUCAGUUGGUGCACGCAAGGCAUGGCAGUCACAGAGUUUUGGAGCUGUAGGAGAUGAUCGAGUAACCCCAGUCACAUUAGCUCAUAAGAGAAUAAAUUCAGCCAGUUUAAUCAAUAUCGGUGAAGGAAAUGGAGCCACAGGGAUCUCACAUGUGGAGGACCCAUUUCCAGGAGCCCCUCAGAGUACAUCAUCGAAUAAUGACAACUGGGCCACAUUCAGUACAACUCCCACCCUUGCAACUCCAGCUGGUUCUCCUUCUCUUAAAAGUGAGGAUAGCGCAUGGGCUGAUCCUGGAUGGGUUAAACAGACAAGUACUCUCGAUACUUGGUCAAGCUUCGAGUCCUCAAGUGCCUCUCAGGAGACUCCCAAGCAGGAACGUUUCACUGCAAUAUCUCGGAGUGUAUCCCAGAGCUCAUCAGGUUUUGAACCAUCUCCAAGGCAUCGGCGUCAGGUUCCACAAGAUUUUUUUGCAACCUCGUUUGAAGCUGUUAAUCUUCCCAAUUCGGAAACGCAUCCGAACCAACAAGUACAGACCAUGUUCCACCCCCAAAUAUCAGAUGAUACUUUGGAGUCUGAUCGGACAACGGGACAACAGGGAGGACUCUCUGGUAGUUCAGAGAAUUUCCAGGUGCAAUGUUUACAAACCCAAGCCAAAUCUCUGGCCCCAGCCCCUGCCUCAUCAUCGGUUCUAGCGAUAAGCGAAUACCAAAUUCAGCAUCAACCUCAAAUUCGACUGCAACCUCUAGAGCAACCUCAACAAAUGCCAGUGCAGACACCAAUUACUUUGCAGAGGUCUCGAAAUCCAUUUGAUGACGAUUUUGAGGAUGAUUCUUCGACAAGUUUGGCUUCCAGUGCCGUGAUUGGUAAUAGCUUGCAGUUUCCCAGUAUGGAUUCUCUACAAGCAGCAUUAUUGCCAACAAUGCAGCCCCAGGCUUCACGUACUCAUGUGGCUUCACCAGAGUGGGGACAUUCCUUCUCACAGUUUACUGAAUUAACUACCCCUUCUGAAUCUUUCAAGUUUGGCCCAAACGAGACAGCAUCCCCUUUCCAGAUGCCCUUGUUCACAAUGCAGCCAAAUGCUUCUGGAGGAUACAUGCCUACACAUUCCAUGGUUGCAGAGGCUCCAUACCCAGGAAAUCAAUUUUAUACACACAAUGUCGUGCUUCCUGCUGGUGGUAAUCCUUUUGCGUAGGCUUUUCCAGUGUAAAUUUCCUCAAUUUUCAAGUCAAUCGCAAUCUAAUCCGGUUUGGACACGAUUGGAUUACACGAACUUGAAAAUUAUCGUAGAUAGACAAAAAGUGAAGUGUUUUACUUUUCUGGGAAGAGUUGCACCUUUUUCUUUAGUACUGUAAGGUCUUGAAAGUACUAGAUUGUUGAUUAACAUUGAUGCAAGGUUACUGUCGAGAAGCAAUGAGAAGGUUUAUUUUUUCUAUUCUUUUUCUGAGUUUGUAUAAUAUCAGGUAGCGCUUGAUUUCCCUUGCUAAAAGACCCAUGUAAUUCAAUGUUAUAAUUUUAUGGGGAAGUAAUCUAAUGUUUUAGUUUUUGGUGA